AUGAGUCGUCCCCCCAUUCCAUCGAAGCACGAGUUCCAGGGCGUGCCGCUGUUCCAGCGCCUGCCCAAGCUGCCUGAGCUGGAGGGCACGGAUCCAGCGCGUGCGCCGCAGGAUGCGUUCCGCCUGGCCAUUGCGGACCAGCUGUCCAAGACGCUCGGUACGUCGCUCAAGGACACGUUUUUGGCAGUGGCGACGGGCGGCAAGGAGUGCGACUACAAGGUUGUGCUGCCUCGUUUCCGUCUGCCGACGAAGGUGGAUGAGCUGCAGGCCAAGGUGCUGGACGAGUUCCAGGCGAACGCAUACGUCGAACGCGUGUCGAAGCAGGGCCCCGCGGUGCUGUACCAUGUGAACCUGAACACGCUUCUUCAUCUGACGCUCUCGACCGUGCAUGCGCUGACGCACGGCGAGGGUGCAGCGCUCGAUGCCGACGGCCAGAAGCAGCCGUCGUACGGCUCGAACUAUGCGGGCAAGGGCAAGACGUGCUUGAUAGAGUUCUCGUCGCCGAAUAUCGCGAAGCCCUUCCACGCUGGUCAUCUGCGUAGCACGAUCAUCGGUGCGUUCUUGGCGAAUCUGUACGAGGCCAAUGGCUGGGACGUGAAGCGCCUGAACUACCUGGGUGACUGGGGCAAGCAAUUUGGUCUGCUGGCGCUCGGCUGGCGUCGCUUUGGCGACGAGGAGAAGCUGAAGGCGGACCCUGUGCAGCACCUGUUCGAUGUGUACGUCGAGAUCAACAAGCUUGCGUCCGAAGAGGGCGGCAAGGGCGAGCAGAUCCACGAAGAGGCGCGCGAGUUCUUCAAAGGGAUGGAAGACGGUGUGCAGGAGAAUCUCGUGGAGUGGGAGCGUUUCCGCUCGCUGUCGAUUGAGAAGUACAAGGAGACGUACGCGCGUCUGAACGUGCACUUUGACGAGUAUCGCGGCGAGGCGAAGGUCGACAAGAAGCAGAUCCAGGACACGCUCGCUCAGCUGCGUACGAAAGACUUUGUGUCGCGGGAAGAGAACGGGGCGCUGCUGGCCGACUUGAGCAAGUACAAGCUGGAAAAGGCCGUCAUUGAGCGCAAGGACGGCACGCCGCUGUACCUGACGCGCGACAUUCCUGAGGCAGUCGCGCGGCACGAGCAGUACCACUUUGACAAGAUGAUCUAUGUGAUUGCCUCGCAGCAGGACCUGCACUGUGCGCAGUUCUUCAAGAUGCUCGAGCUGCUGGGCUACCCAUGGGCGCAAAAGGAGGCGGAUGCGCUGCUGCACGUCAACUUUGGUAUGGUGCAGGGCAUGUCCACACGGAAGGGCACCGUCGUGUUCCUGGACCGUAUCCUGGACGAGACGAAGGAGCACAUGCACGAUGUGAUGCGCCAGAACGAAGUCAAGUAUGCCCAGCUCGAGAACCCCGAGCAGACGGCCGACAUUGUCGGUAUGACGGCCAUCAAGAUCCAGGACAUGACAGGCAAGCGGAUCAACAACUACACGUUCGACUGGAAGCGCAUGUUCUCGUUCGAGGGCGAUACGGGUCCGUACCUGCAGUACAAUCAUGUGCGUCUGUGCUCGAUGGAGCGCAUGAAUGCCGAGGACGGCUUGGUGCUGCCGCGCGAGGAGCUCGAUCUCGACGCGAUGCAUACCGAGCGCCUCAACACGCCCGAGGCCCUCGAGAUUGUGUGGCUGCUCGCUCAGUGGCCGGACGUGGUGCGUGUCGCGAGCCGGGACCACCAGGCCUCGACGAUCGUGACGUUCUGCUUCAAGCUGACGCACGCCAUCAGCUCGGCCUGGGAAAAGCUGAUCGUCAAGGGCCAGGAACGCGACGAUGCCUUGGUGCGUCUGUGGCUGUACCGCUGUGCCAAGGACGUGCUCGGCAGCGCCCUGCGUCUCCUGACUAUCACGCCUCUCGAGCGUAUGUAG